UCGAUUGCAAACUGUACCGGUGGCCGGUUCCACUGGUUUCGUGAGACCGGUAUCAUUGAAAGUGACGAUAUACGUUUGCUGCUGGACGAGAUCGAUUGUGCCGUAGACUAUUCACAACAGUGUCGCGCUCUGGUCGACUCGGUUUGCCCAAGCUCCGAGGCGGACGAAGAGCCCGGUGUGAAUCUCGCUCCCCCGGCUCAAGUUGAUCGGAUGGUAUUGACGGAAACCAAACACACGACCGGUGACAAAUCGAUCGCUCCGAGGCUAAAUGCUUUAGCCAACCAACGUAAUCGACUCAUGCAAUAUCGACUGGCUCGCGCGAACAAUCCCAUACCCCCCAAAACUCUGGCUUGGUCGAGAGGUGUAUCGGCCACCUCACUUGGCAGUUCUCGUGUCACGGACCCGAUGCAACCGGUUGGAUUAACCCGGUCGAGGCCAAGUUCAACCCCGAGUCACACAAAAGACAGUACAGGGACAAGGAUGAGUGGAGCAAGAGUAUCAUUCACCGGGCGUGCCACAAUCCCGAAAGAAGAAGAACAGGUGACCACACGUGACUGGCUUCGCAAAUACAGCCUCCGCAAUCUGGGUCUGACUCUGACACAACUGGUCUCCAGCGCAGCUUGUCGUCACGAUAUGGCCUAUGUGACACCGAUACGUAGUCACGUGGAAGCUCGGUACUGUACCGGUCUAUUCCCGAUUGUGAAUGUGGCCGGCACAUUGCGACAUUUGCAAUACACAUAUGGGGAACUGGAGGUGUUCAAGAAAGAGUUGUUCUUACGAGGGCUGAGCAAAACGUUUGGCGGAUACACAGUACGCGAUCAGUACGAGGUGCAAAUGACUGGACAAGGAAAGUGUGAAUUGUAA